AUGAUGACAGUCCCUGAAGAAACUGAAUUCUGCUUUCCACAGCUGCUCAACUCGUCCUGCAGGAAGAUCAUGCGUCCCCACUCAGUGUCCAUGCUCAUUUACACCACCCUGUCUUCUAUCUCUGUGGUCACGGUGACACUCAACCUGCUCAUCAUCAUCUCCAUCUCCCACUUCAAGAAGCUGCACACUCCCACCAACCUCCUCCUCCUCUCUCUGGCUGUCUCUGAUUUCUUUGUGGGCCUCCUCAUGGUGUUUCAGAUCAUUCUCAUUGACGGCUGCUGGUUCCUGGGUGAUCUCAUGUGUGCUGUGUAUUUCAUUUUUGACCAUAUUUUCACGUCAGCCUCAAUUGGAACAAUGGUGCUCAUAUCAGUUGACCGCUAUGUGGCCAUUUGUUACCCUCUACUGUAUCCCACCAAAGUCACUCAGAACAGGGCAAAGAUCUGUGUUUUAAUGUGUUGGCUAAUCUGUGUCCUUUUUCACUGUUUGUUAUUGAAAGAUAACAUCAAGCACCCAGGAAGAUAUAAUAGUUGCCUUGGAGAGUGUGUGGUUAUCAAGGAUUAUUAUGCUGGCAUUGCAGAUGUUCUGUGUUCCUUCAUCGGCCCUGUGACUGUUAUUGUGAUUCUCUAUGUGAGAAUCUUUGUGGUGGCUUUGUCUCAGGCCCGUGCUCUGAGGACUCACAUUAAAGACGCCAAACUUCAGGGUUCAGUCAGAAUAACUGUGAAGAAAUCUGAGCUGAAGGCAGCCAGGACUCUGGGAGUUGUUGUUGUCGUGUUUCUAAUAUGUGUCUGCCCUUAUUUCUGUGUUACACUUAAAGGUGACGAUGCUGUGGUCAGCGCUUCAUCUGCUGCCUUCGUAAUGUGUUUGUUUUAUGUUAAUUCCUGUCUAAACCCUCUGAUUUAUGUCUUUUUCUACCCCUGGUUCAGAAACUGCAUCAGAGUCAUUGUGACUCUCCAGAUCUUGAAGCCUGGAUCAUGUGACGCCAACAUACUGUAG